CGCGUACGCAUGCGCAUGUAUUUCUAAAUCCAAGAUGGCGGAGAAAUUUUGGAAAAUUUAAUUUAAGUUGUUAAAGAUUUAUCAGUUGCAAGAAUGUGGCCCGAGUUACUUGACAUGACUCAUGAGGAGUCAAAAAGGAUAUUGAGGCGUGUAGAACUGGAAGCUUACUCUUCCAUUGUUUCUGCUUUCCGUGCUCAAGGAGACUUGAACAAAGAGAAGAAGAAAAUUCUGCAUGAUCUGCAACAGUUUCUCAGUAUCUCUACAGAACGCCACAGAGCUGAAGUAAGACGGGCUGUAAAUGAUGAGAAACUUGCAACAAUUGCUGACAAUAUGUCACCAUCAAAUACGACACAAGAAUGGUUAAUUGAGGGACGUAGAUUGGUUCCCCUGAUGCCCAGACUGGUACCCCAGACUGCGUUCACAGUGACAGCAAAUCAGGUUGCCAACAUGCAAGCAGAGAAAAAUGCCUCCCUGCCUAGUCCAUCACAGACAGGAAUCAGGGAAAAUAUUGCUGCAGCCUCCUCAAUGUCUUCUCCACCAUCCACACCCUGGACAUCUCGACCAUCAAGUCCUACCUCCAAUGUUGUUGUUCUUCCCAGUGGAAUGUCUAUUCACAUUAAAGGAGGUUUAAAUACCGAGGAAGACGACGAUGUACAGAUUCGUAAACGAAGACGUAGCACCUCCACUGAGAGUAUGUUUUCUCCAACCGGAACUUCGGUGCCACAGGUCACAUAUACAACUACUAUGAGUAACACUUCUGCCAUAUCACCAAAGAAAAUCACAAUUAGUAAGAGUCCACAAGCCCAACCACGUGUGGUAGCUAGUAGCAGUCAAACUCAAAAGGUUAUUUUGGUAUCAAGUCAAGGACACUCCCCACAAGUAACUGUAGCUCAAAAAACAACGAUGCCAAUGGGAAGAUCUACUGUAUCGACUGGUACUUCUACAACAAACCUUCCCAAGUCUGUAAUACUGCCUCUAUCUAGUUCUAUAGCUACAGGUACAAACACAGGAAAUAUAUCAGCAACAGCCCCAUACUUCACAAACACAACUUCUACAGUUGUAACACCACUAACAUCUACUGGUGUAGGCACAUCAACUACAGCAUUCCUGACACCAACAAUCACUGCCUCUAGACCUAGAUUCAAAACUGUUCCAAGGCAAAAAUUAAUGCAGGUACCAUCCCCUAGACCUGGUAUGGUGAUACCGAUGAGUCCACAACCGGUACAGCCCUCACCACAAACUAUACAGGGGAUCAAACCUGGACCGAAACCUACCAUACAGAUCAGGCAGGAGGGAGGUAUGAAGAUUAUCACUCAGAGUGUUGGAAGUGGUACAAGCAAGAUACUACCCAAACCAAGUGGUACCCCAGUUGUUGUAGUCAGUGCUGGAAGCAGUACACAAUCUUCCGUUGCUAUGGUGUCAAGGACAGGGUCAUCUCUCACAGCUGGUACAAAAGUAUUAAACAUACAGACACAAGGUGGUAAGAUUAUAACGGCACCAAGGGGUUCCAGUGUUGUGACAGUUAAUCCUAAAACUCUACAUUUAACUGCUGUCAAAAAUGCUGCUGGAAUUUCAGGUGCUAAACCUAAUGUGAUAGUUGUACAGAAGACCCAACCUAGAAGACCCGGGGUACCAGUGACACCUGGUACUAGUACUGGUGGGAAACAAACUACAGCAGUUAUAUCUAGCCCUUUUGAAAAGGAGUUGGUGAGUUUUUUACAGAAACAAGACCCAACAAAGCAAUAUGUUGUAACAACAACUACAGCAAACAUUGGUAGAUCAACAGAUACACAGAGAAAAGUUAUAGUCACUACAUCAGGUCAUGGAGACCUUGCUAAACAGAUCAGUCAGUCACUGCAGAAAUCAAAAUCUGAUACUUCACAACCCUCCUCUAAUAUCUUACAAGACCUUAUAACAGCUGCUGGCAUUGUGCCAGAUGGUAACCAAGACAACCAAUCAGGGGAAGUCACUCUUAAUCUGGAUGAAGCACAGUUAGCAGCCUUGACAUCUGUUGCACAGGAUAGUACACAAACUAAAGUGACAACAUCUAUGCCAAAUAAUGAAUGGUUUGAGUAUGACGUCACAGAUGAGCAGGGUAAUACAUAUACCCACACGGCCGAGUCGGCUGACACCGCAGCGGCCAUACAAUCAUUAUUAGACAUGCAAGCUAAUCAGACUGCGGCUAAACCAAAGGUGACGGUUCAGAGGUCGUCCAGUGUAGAUCUGAGUCAGUUAUCUGAUCAUCUUAAUCAGCAGCAGUUUUAUACGAUCGAGCAAGCUAUGAGUAUGUUGAAUCAGAGUGAGAAAGACACUGCAACGUCAUAUAUUCAAAGUGAGGCUCAGAACGUAGUGGCAGGUUUGGAUGACAGCGGGGACGAAAUUCUUACUGCAGUACCGUUGUCAUUACAUCAAGACAUUCAAACAAGCACUGUAACCACGGCAUCUCAGGGGAAAACCCAAGAGCCUGGUGGCGGUGACCUUGACCCUCAGACUGGAAUGUUUUAUGUGCAGAAAGGUGGUACAAUAAGUGGUAUUAAAAUUGCUGAUGGACAGCAAGUUAUAGUGAGUGGUGACGGUGACGCAAAGAAGUACGAUCUCUUAAGUAGCUCAUUAGCUCAGGCACAAAUUGACCUUGACCCAUUCCAGUUUAUAGAUGAUGGUAACCAAGGUAACAAGACAGUGGAAAGCUCAUCUAGUGCACCUGUACUUAAUGAAGUAUUAACUACGGAGACAGUGUCAACAGAGUCAAAUGUUGGCAGUUCUUUGCUCGGAUCCUCUUCCGACUCGAUGUUGAUACAGAAAGUUGUUGGUACAUCUCCUAUCACAACUUCCACACCAGCCAUACGUAUACAACCGAGCACGUUCAUACCUAUACAAGAUGUCAUCAAAUCAUCUACCGUUAAAACAUCAACCAUUGGUAUUACAUCUACUAAACCUGUAAGUAUAAUUCACCAAUCAAAUACUACUGACACUCAAAUAGAGGGAUUUCAAUCAUUAGAUGCCAGUGCUUUACCUGGUAGACGGAAAAGAAAAGUAUUAUCAGGGGAAGAAAUAGCUAGCUCACCCCCUGCUGGAAGUGGUGCCCCAGGGGGUUGGGUGAGAGCAGCUCUAGGGGUAUUGAAUAAAGUAUCCAAGUAUCGAGGUUUGAACAGAGAUAAAAAUGAUUUAAAUGCAGCUACAUGGUUCACUCAACCAGUGGAUCCAGCUGAUGCCCCAGAUUACUACACUAUUGUAGAAAAUCCCAUGGACUUUGGAACUAUCAAGAAAAAACUUGAAUCGUGUAGAUACGAUGAGUUUGAAGAUUUCCAUAGCGACAUGAUGUUAGUGAAAGAUAAUUGUUACCUAUAUAAUCCGGAACAAAGUCUCGUGCGUAAAGAUUGUGACGAGGUAUUCAGUUUCUACAUGUCAGAGCACGAGAAACUCAUGGAAAAAUGGCAAAAAACUCAUAUUGGUUCCCCAGUCUCCAAGAAACCUCGGACAGACAGAAGCCCUAUCAGACCAUGAGUUUAUCUGGAAUAAUAUAAACAUUUACAUCAAAUAAUUAUACAGUGCUUAUUUGUUACAUACAAAGAUUUUUAGUGUACAUGUAUGUUUACACAUGUAUGUUAAAGCUACAUGCCUUCAGAUUCAUACUAAUUUUCAUGAAAAUUUUAAAAAUGUAUUUAAAAGUAAAAUAUUGUGAAGCUAAGAUAGUAAAUGACACAUUGCAAAUGGCACUUACAUUCUAUGUAAGUAAUUCAAAUGAGGUCAUAAAAAUGCAAAAAUAUUCUUUAGUUUACUGCAUUAGUCACAUAGUGUAAAUAUAGUGAUAAAUACUGCAAAAUCAGUCAUUAAUCGCACAUAAUAUGUAAAUUAUGAAUCUUUUUACCUUUCUUAAAAUCUUCGUACAUUUUUCCUAAGUUUGAUUUUUCUUGAAAUAUUUUAGCUCAUCUGGAGGCAUGCGGCUUUAACUUUGAAGCUGACUUAAAUCAUAGAAUAUGAUUUUUGUCAUCUGAUAAGUUUUUUGUCCGAGAUAAACAACAAUUUCUUAGGUACAGAAUUUGUUUUGUUUGUCUAUUGCAGACAAUUUAAGUUCAUGAGUGCCAUCUGAUCAUGGUCUGGAACUUUGCACUGUUCAAUUUUCAGUCUGUAAUUAUCAUGAAAUUUUUCUGAAAAUUAUGACUUGUUCUGUCCAGAUUGAAAUGGGAACGAGUGAGACUAAAAAAAAGUUUUGGUGCACCACAUUAAAUACCGUAUUCUGGUAUAUACCGGACAAGACGCUUGAAUGGUAUAAUGCUAAAAUCUCGUCUUUUUGCCCACCGAAAUGUACUUUAAGAAAUCUAAGUCAUUUCAUUUUAUAUAUAAUAAUGAAUAUAAACUGUAAAGUUUGUUGAAAAAGAAAAUUUUUUUCUACUUUGUGGUCUUGAUUUCUGCAAGCAUCUAGAGGAAGCUCCAGUGCUGCCAACAUUUUAAUGAGUUAAAUCUACAUUUAAGAUAUUUAACGUUCUAUAGUUUAAAACUACAGGUAUAUCAUUACAGGUGUACAAGCUUUAAAACGGUGUCUAUGAUUAGUUUUAUACAUACUUAAAUGAUAGUUUAGGAUAUAUAAAUUGUAUACAUGUAUGUGUUGUGUAUGUUUUUAUUAAAUGUUGCCAAAAUGUGUUCAGCUAUUGAAAAUAGCAGCAGGUUUUUAUAUCUUGUCCAAUUAUGUAUGUAAUUUUACACUUUACCAGUCUAGUUCUACAAUUUGUGUUGUUCCCAGUUAAAAGAAACAGCAAAUAAUGCAAGAGAAUUCAUUGAAAAAAUGGUGCAAUUUUUAGUCCUGAAAACAUUAAGUGUAUUAGAUUUUCACAACCUUUAUCUUAAACAGGAAUUGAAAUGUGUAUUAGUAUGAAAUAUUUGAAAUUUUCUCAAAAUUUGAACAAAUAUUUAAGUCAAUGAGGUCUUGGCUCAUAUCAAAUUGAUUUUAUUUUCAAGAAUUUAUUCCAAACCAUUUUCCUUGACCGUUUUUCCCCACCUUACAUAUAAGGGUCAUAACUCAUUAUUAUGUCAAUAAGGUCUUUACUUAAGUUUGCUUAAGUCGAUUAUUCGAGAAUUUAAACCUUCAAUUUAACUCCUACAUCAUAUAAUUAUUAUAAUACUGGAUUUUUUUCUUCAGAAAAUGCUAUCCUUAAUAUUUUCCCUGUAUAAUUAAUUGUUUGCUUACAUAGAUGGUAUUCUUUGUGGACAAUUAAUAAGUAUGUAUUUUAAUUAAUUCUUUUGAAUUAUUGUUGAUUACAAAUGCUGUAUUAUGGGUGUAAAAUAUUGUUGUUCAUUGUAAUUUUACACAUAAGACUUUGACUAAUAUAGUCUUUUAAAUCUAUUGUUACUGGAUAUUUUUAAUUAAUGAUAAAUUCUUAAACCUUCUUAUAUUAUAUAUACCAUACACAAAGUAAUUGUUAUCCAAAUCUUUUUAGUUUAUUUGUAAACGAGUCACAUGAAAUUAAAUAGAACCAUCAUAAUACUUCAAGUUUUGUUGAAGGAUAAAUUCAUUGUGUGUAGUAACAAAAUUACUGGUUAAGUGAUUCAGUUGCUCUAGAACAAAACUUAAAUGUUUAGCCAAUUAAAUAACUGCACUUUGUUAGCAUGAAGACAAAUUACUUCAUAAAGUUGUUUCUUUUUUUAUGCCCCCGCCAUGUAAUGGCCGGGGCAUAUAGUGUUACCCUGUUCCGUCAUUCCGUCCUUCCAUCCUUCCGUCAUUCUGUCAUUCCGUCAUCAUCAGUUUCCGUUCAUUAUCUUAAGAACGGUUGGACACAUUCAACUCAAAUUUGACAUAUGGAUAUGUCAUGAGAAAAUACAGGUCAAGUUCGAAUUUGGUCAUGGUUCGAUGAUUUUUGGCAGAGUUAUGCCCCUUUUACUUUGAAAAUAAUAUGAAAUUUCAGUUUCCGUUCAUUAUCUCCCCAACGGUACAACACAUUCAACUCAAACUUGACAUAUGGAUAUGUCAUGAGAAAAUACAGGUCAAGUUCGAAUUUGGUUAUGGUUCGAUGAUUUUUGGCAGAGUUAUGCCCCUUUUACUUUGAAAAUAAUAUGAAAUUUUCAGUUUCCGUUCAUUAUCUCCCCAACGGUACAACACAUUCAACUCAAACUUGACAUAUGGAUAUGUCAUGAGAAAAUACAGGUCAAGUUCGAAUUUGGUCAUGGUUCGAUGAUUUUUGGCAGAGUUAUGCCCCUUUUACUUUGAAAAUAAUAUGAAAUUUUCAGUUUCUGUUUAUUAUCUCCCCACCGGUACAACACAUUCAACUCAAAUUUGACAUAUGGAUAUGUUUUUGGAAUGCCCAGGCCAAGUUCAAAUUUGGUCAUGGUUGGAUGAUUUUUGGCAGAGUUAUGCCCCUUUCACUUUGAAAGUAAUAUGAAAUUUUCAGUUUCUGUUUAUUAUCUCCCCACCGGUACAACACAUUCAACUCAAAUUUGACAUAU